AUGGCGGGAGCCACGAGGACACUCACGGCGCUGGCAAAACGAAUAUACAUUCCUUUAACAGCAACAAGCCCACCAGGGCUAGUGGAAGCGAAUACGGUCGACCCCUGGAACGAUUCCGGGAAAUACGGCCUGGGAUGGACAUAUUUUAGCGUGGCGCUGAUGGGAGUGGUGGUACUGGUACGGAUAUGGCAUUGGUGGCAGGACAAGAUCCGGCAGGCGAUAUACAAGCAGGAGGUGGAACAGCACUACCAAGACUUAUACAACCUCGACCCCGAGUACGCUGCCGCAACGGGCAUGUACACGGGCCAUACCGGGAGCCGAUUCUUUCCGGAAGACGGGGGAGGGGGUGGAGGAGGCGAGAAGAAAGACUUCAAGCCUAAAUCUGACUUUUCCGCCGUUGGCCCCGUCCUCGAUGCGCUCGCCCUGUUCAGAUGGGUCUUCUACCGCCCGAUACCAGACAUCGUGUGGCGGAAGCGUCGGUUCACCUUUUCGUCGCUGGCCGUCCUGACCGUUGGCUUCAUCGCGCUAGCGUUCGUGUCGAUAUAUACGUUUCUGAGGCAACCCCUAUACUGGGACAGCAUCCAGUAUGGCUCCCCCCCGGUCGCGGUCCGCUCGGGUAUGAUCGCCGUCGCGAUGACGCCUUGGAUCGUCGCGACCAGCAUGAAGGCCAACCUUCUCACCCUCAUCACGGGCAUCGGACCCGAGCGCCUCAACGUGUUCCACAGGUGGGCAGGCUACCUCUGCUUGUUCCUCGUGCUUGUGCACACGAUUCCCUUCUACGUCCAGCCGGUAUGGGAUGACGGCGGAAUGGACGUGUUCGAGAGGUUGUUCCCUGAAGGGAGUGGCGUCAUCUAUGGCACGGGUAUCGCGUGUUUAGUCCCGCUGAUCUGGCUCUGCGUCGCCUCGCUCCCUUUUAUCCGCAGAACGGCUUACGAAUUAUUCAUUACGCUACACGUUCCCGUCGGGUUCGUAUAUCUCGGCUGCCUGUUUUGGCACACUAAGAAUUUCCUGGCGUCGUGGAAUUACUUGUGGGCGACGAUCGCCAUCUGGGUGCUCUGCUACUUCCUCCGAAUAUUCAACCUUAACUGGGUCAAGCCGUGGCGGAUGUCGUUCCUCGUAGGCGACGAGGCAGCGAUCACCCUCAUGAACGAGAACGCCAUCAAGAUCACGAUCCCGACGCAGAUGAAGUGGCGGCCGGGGCAGUACGUCUACCUGCGGAUGCCCGGCAUCUCAUUCUUCGACAACCACCCCUUCACCAUCUCCUCGCUCUGUAGCGAUGACUUUCCUUCCGAAUACGGCGAGCAGUACAGGGACUGCACCCUCGUGUUCAAGCCGUACGGCGGAUUCACUCGGAGGGUCCUCGAAACGGCGAUCGAAAAAGGCCCAUUCCAUACGUAUCGGGCAUAUCUCGACGGACCGUACGGUGGUAUGCGCCGGGAAUUGGCCGCAUUCGACACGUGCAUUCUCAUUGCCGGCGGGAGCGGCGUAACUGCGCUGAUGUCGCAGCUGCUGAACCUGAUCAAGCGCAUGCGCGACGGCAAGGCCAUCACCAAGAAAGUGGUGGUUGUCUGGGCCCUCAAGAGGCUCGAGGCCAUGGAUUGGUUCCGAGAAGAGUUGCGCAUCUGCCGCGACUCAGCGCCGCCGGAGAGCGUGACCUGCAAGUUCUUCGUUACCUCGGCGAAGAGGCAGACACACGCCGCCCACCCUCGCGAACGGGGGCCUCGCCCACUCAGCAACAUGUUCCAUGACAGACUGGACGGCUUUGUGGCCGGCAUCGCCUCGAAACGCAAUUCUCAGCUGAUCCGGGACGAAGCGCAGGGCAACCCAGAAUACGAGCGCGAGCUGCGAGCCGAGGACGAGGACCGGAUUACCGCCCUCCCUCAGCAGAAAUACCUGCAGCCGCAUCACAUCCCGCCGCAGGGCCCACAACCCACAAACCGGCUCUCGCCGCAGGAGGAGUCCCUACGCAAACUCGAGGGCCGGGACCACGACGAUGUCGAGGACCCAGAUAAGACGGUUUCACCUUCGAUAGAGGAGUCCCCCGAGGACAAGCUCAAGCGGGAAUUCCACUUCCCGCCGCUGCAUACACGGCCCGAGCAGCAGCCGCACUUCAACUACGCGCCGCCUUCGCCGCGCAAAUUCCCUCCGCCGCCGGGGGCAGCCAACGCGGACGGCGGCGGGCCGUCUUCCUCGGCAUCGACGGCCGGGCCUUCGGAAGCGAUCCGGGCGCCGGAAUUCGCGCACCUGCGGACGACGAACCUGCCCCCGGCGCCGGCGCCGGGAGCGCGGCCGACGUCGACGUUCGGGCCGCCGUCGGGUUUCGACUUCGGGUUCCCGUCGACGCCGACCGAGUUCCAGAAGAGCCUGAUGCGGUUCGCGUUCCCGGUGCCGCACGAGAUCGACGGCGGGUGGAGCGUCGAGUACGGGCGCCCGGACCUCGGCUACAUGCUGCGCGAGUGGGCGACGGGAGGGCCGGACGGGCGCGGCAUCCUCGGCCGCCGCACCGCCGUCUUCGUGUGCGGACCCCCGAGCAUGCGCAUCGGCGUCGCCACCACGGUCGCGCGCCUCCAGGCAGAGAUCUGGGGCGACCCCAUGCUCGAGGAGAUCUUCCUGCAUACGGAGAAUUACGCGCUGUGA